UUCAUUCAGGACUCUUUAUCACCAGAAAAAAAAAUCAAUUAUAUCAUUCAAGUGGAUGUGAUUUUUAACACUCCAUUCCUUUUUGUAGUUUUCUUCCAGUGGUGAAAAAUAGGUUGGAAAGUUGUCACAAACUGAAGCACUCUAUCUCUGUCUCUUACUCCACAGUAGUUAGCUGAGAACAAAUCCUAUGCUGUUAUAAGAGCACUCCUACAUUAUGCUUCUUUCCUCUACUCCAAAACAUCUCUCUCCUUGCUGCUAGUAGAAAAAUGGAAUAUGUUGGAAGAAUAGAGUUGGCUACCCCAAGGCUGUAUCACAACGACGAUCUUACCCCUCCCCAUCAAAAUCUUGUAGCUUACUUGGAUCACAAGCCUUCUCUCGAGUUCAUGAACUUGAGAACUGACCUCAAGAUCAUAACCAAGAGAAAAGCUGCAGUUGUUUACCACAUCUCACGUAAUGGCCAUUUCGAGCAUCCUCAUUUCCUGGAGGUCCCUCUGUCCUCUAGCAAAGGGCUCUACCUCAAAGAUGUGAUCAAUGCUCUUAACGCGAUCAGAGGUCCAGGGAUGGCUAACAUGUACUCAUGGUCAUCAAAGAGGAGCCAUGGGAAACGAUAUGUAUGGAAAGACCUGACAGACGACGACUUGAUACAACCCUGCAAUGAUGAUGGUGACAAUGAUCAAUACAUUCUGCAAGGGUCACCAGUCCCCGAGCUCUUCUCCACAUGGAACUUAACAUCCCCUGCUGACACUCUAACAUCUUCAGCAACAUCCAAAGCAUCCUCCGACGCCUCCAGCUUGAGCGAGGACUUCGAUUCUCCAGUCAUCAGAGGGAAGAGCUUUGGCAGGGGCACCACCACAUAUGUCGAUGCUGAUGUUGAUGCGGAUGUCGAUACUGAUUAUGACGAUCACCAUCGUCGAGGGGACAAGCUGCCACCACCUCGCACCAUGACCAUCUUGACCAAUGAGAUUGAUGAACUGCUAUACUCCGAAUUUCCAUCGCCAAUGGAUGGUGCUGCUGGUGGUGGUGUAGCCAAGAAAGUUGGUGCAAAAGAAGCUUACAACCGCCACAAUGAAACUCUCCGUUCUGCUAUGAUGAGAACUACUAGUGACAGUGUUUCUGCAUCUACGCCUCCUGAGCCAAUAGCCAGAAAGGCUGCUGCGGGGAGAGUUGGAAGGCCAAGGACAGCUGAGCUUCUGUGGACUCUGUUGCGGUGUGGAUCACGAUCCAUGAGGUGAAAAGAGAGAUGGAGAAUGAAGAAGUGGACAGGAUGAAGAUGAACCAGUUAAUGUGUUAACUUGAUGAUCACAAUGACUGUUGAGGGGUUUUUUUAAAUAAGAGAUUGUGAUCAUUGUUCGAAUAAUUACAUGUCUUUGUAAUCUUGAUAUUUGUGAAAGGAGAACUAUUUGCAAGUAAAACAUGUUGUAAAAUAUAAA